UUGAACUCAUUCCCAAGAUAGCGCCAUUUCUCAUCUCCCAAAAUUUUCAAUUUUCAAGAUCAUCGAUAUCAUGACUGAUCGCCAAGAAGAAGACUCGCAGCGCUGCAGAGUCCAAUACCCUCUGGACUCCAAUUCCUACCGGAUUCUUGAUAAAAUUGGGAGCGGCGUGAGCGCCAUUGUCUACAAGGCCCUGUGUCUGCCGAACUCGACGGUAGUCGCCAUCAAAUCCAUCGACCUCGAUCAGUCCAGGGCCAAUUUCGACAAUGUCCGGCAAGAGGCGAAGACCAUGUCGCUUCUUUCCCACCCUAACAUCCUCAGCGCUCAUUGUUCCUUCACCGUCCGCCGUUGCCUCUGGGUCGUGAUGCCGUUCAUGUCUGCUGGCUCUCUUCGAUCCAUAAUUUCAUCUUCUUUCCCAAAUGGCUUGAUGGAACCCUGUAUUGCUAUUGUUCUCAAAGAAAUUCUUCAUGCUCUGUCCUAUCUGCACAACCAAGGCCACCUUCACAGAGACAUUAAAGCUGGUAAUAUACUUGUCGAUUCAAAUGGGACCGUCAAGCUCGCGGACUUUGGGGUCUCUGCUUUGAUUUACGAGUCCAAUUCGUCUCGUGCGUCUUUGUCGUCGCCUUCAUCGUCGUCGUCGUUUAUGCUGACCGACGUUGCGGGGACGCCGUACUGGAUGGCGCCGGAAGUGAUACACUCUCACAAUGGGUACAGUUUCAAGGCCGACAUAUGGUCAUUCGGCAUUACUGCUCUUGAGUUGGCCCACGGGCGUCCUCCUCUGUCGCACCUCCCUCCGUCAAAAUCCUUACUCAUGAAGAUCACAAAGCGUUUUCGAUUCUCUGAUUACGAAAAGAACAGAGAAAGUACGAAGAAGCAGAAGUUCUCGAAAUCUUUCAAGGACAUGGUGGCUUCUUGUCUUGAUCAAGACCCGUCGAAGAGACCCUCCGCGGAGAAACUAUUGAAGCAUUCGUUCUUCAAGAACUGCAAAGGUCCCGAUUUCCUGGCCAAGAAUGUGCUUCAGGGGCUGCCUAGCGUUGAACAGAGGUUCAAAGAAAGCGAACUUAAAGCAUCGACACCUACGAAAAUAGCAGUACAGGAAGAUGAUGAAGAAGACGAGGAAGGACAGAGUGAAAAACAGAGGAGGAUCAGCGGGUGGAAUUUUAACGAGGACGGAUUCGAACUGGACCCGGUAUUGAUCCCGGCCGUGAGAGAAGUCUUCGAACUGAAUCCGGUAUUGAUCCCGGCCAUGAGAGAAGUCGAUCUGGUGGUGAAACAAGUCCGGUUCGGCGGCGAAACGAUCAUUCCUGAUAUAGAACCGGAGCAUUCUAGUGUCGGCGGCGAGUCGAAUCAGAACUCUCCUGAGCAAGUUGCGGCAGAAGAAACCCAAGCUGAAAUCGAGGCAAUUGAGGCCACUGCGGGAGAAGAAACUGGCCAAGUGGAAACAGAGACAAAUGAAGCCUCUGCAGAUGAAGAAAUUACCCGAGUGGAAACAGAGGCGAGUGCGUCGUGGUCAGAAGAAGAGGAGGACACAGAGAACCCCAUUGUCGGCAUCGAAGCUGGGAUUGAUGCCGGGGGAGGCGGCCGCGUAGUAGGACCGGUGGAGGAAGUGGUGAUAGGAAGCUUGGAGAGGCUGGAACAGAGUUUGCAGAUUCAGAGGCAGCAGGUGAGGCUUUUGAUGGGUGCGAUUCGGGGGGAGGAUGAGGGAUUGACGAGCAGAGAGGAGGAGUUGAUGGAGGCGUUAGAGAGGACGAGGAUGGAACUGGAAGUGGAGAGGAAGAGGAACGCGGGACUGGAGACGGAGGUGCAGUUUCUGAGGCUUCAGCUGUAUGGGGGAACGACGGAGGACGGACGCAGCAUUAGCAUGGCUGGUCGCUGAAUUCAAAAUGCGCACUGUCAACGGGGUUUCCCUCCUCCCCCUCUUCUCUCGGUGAUGCUUAUGUGUAUACUCUCUACUCUCUACUACUAUGGAGGGACUUCUCAUUUUGUUUCCUUUUGACAAACACAUUUUCCUUGCUUUUAUAAGUCAAAAUGCUAUGCUCUAGUACUCUCUCUCUCGCCAAUGUACUAGCGAUUUUGCCUUUUUGGGAAGAGAUAAACAAUUCCAUUUUGAG